GGUUGUCUGACAUGCUCUUAUCAACUUCUCUUCCUCCAAUUUUUCCUCUUUUAUUCUCAAACUUAUGCAACACUCUGUUCUCAUCACCAAACUAUUGCAUUACUCCAGUUCAAACAACUUUUUUCCUUUAGAAACACUUCUUCCUCUGUUUGUGAAGAUAAUCAUGUCAUUUCUUAUCCAAAAAUGAUGUCUUGGAAAGAGGAUGAUGAUUGUUGCACUUGGGAUGGGGUCACAUGUGAUUCAGUGACUGGUCGUGUGAUUGGCCUCGACCUUAGCUGUAGUUGGCUUUAUGGAAAUAUCCCUUCAAACACUAGCCUUUUUCUUCUUCCUCAAUUGAAAACACUCAACCUAUCUUUUAAUGAUUUUAAACUCUCUAAAAUUUUCCCUGAUUUUGGUCGAAUAUCUAGUUUGACACACCUUAACCUUUCCACCUCAAACUUUAGUGGUCAUAUUCCAUUUGAAAUCUCACAUUUGUCUAAAUUGGUUACACUAGACAUCUCAAACUACUUCGGGAGUAAUGAUUUUCAUGUGAGAAUUGAAAGACUAGUUUUCGAAAGGCUAGUUCAAAAUUUGACAGUGUUAACCGAGCUUGUUCUUGAUGGUGUGGACAUGUCCUCCAUUGUGCCUAGUUCGAUGAAGAAUCUAUCUUCCUCUCUAAAUUAUCUAAGUCUAUGGCAUUGUAAAUUGCAAGGGAACGUCCCAGUUGACAUAUUUCGCCUACCCAAUUUGCAGUUCCUUUGGUUAGGAUAUAACUUCAACUUGACAGGUAAUCUUCCCAAAGUUAAUUGGAGUACACCACUCAAGAUUUUGGAUGUCUCUGACAUGAGCAUGUCAGAACAAUUACCUAAUUCAAUCAGCAAUCUCUUUUCCUUGAGGAAGUUGUAUCUCAGCAAUUGUACUCUAGUGGGAUCGAUUCCAGCAGCACUUAGAAACCUUACACAACUUACAUCUUUGAGUCUCUCAAAUAACAAAUUCAAUGGUCAAAUACCAUCAUUUCUUUCAAAUCUUGCCAAUCUUCAGCAUUUAUUUCUUAGGAACAAUAAUUUUAUUGGUCAAUUUCCUGAAUUUGUUUUCAACUCAACACUGCUUCAGUCUUUAGACUUGUCAAGUAAUCAAUUAACUGGUCCAAUACCAUCAUUUCUUUCAAAUCUUGCCAAUCUUUACUAUUUAUCUCUUUCGAACAAUAAUUUUAUUGGUCAAUUUCCUAAAUUUUUUUUCAACUUAACACAACUUUUUCAAUUAGACUUGUCAAGUAACCAACUCACCGGCCUAAUUCCAGUUUGUUUUAUCAACUCAUCGCAGCUUUCCCAUCUCUACUUGUCAAGUAAUCAGUUAACUGGUCCAAUACCAUCAUUUCUUUUAAACCUUGCCAAUCUUCAUGAUUUAUCUCUUUGGAACAAUAAUUUUAUUGGUCAAUUUCCUGAAUUUUUUUUCAACUUAUCACAACUUCAGUCUUUAGACUUGUCAAGUAAUCAAUUAAUUGGUCCAAUCUCAAGUUCAAUCUUUGAACUUGUGAGUCUAACUUUCCUUGAUCUUUCUUCAAAUAGUUUAAACGGUAUUAUAGAGUUUCACAUGUUUUCAAAACUCAAAAACCUUAGGUACCUUUCUCUUUCUAAUAACAAUUUGUCUGUGACCACUACCGGAUUCAAUGUCAACUCAUCGUUUCCUCAACUUGGAUCUUUGUUUUUAUCUGCUUGCAACAUUAGUGAAUUCCCAGGUUUCUUAAGAAGCCUAGAUCAUUUAUCUCAGCUAGAUCUUUCUGAAAAUAAAAUCCAUGGUCAUAUACCUAAUUGGAUGUUGGAGAUUGGAAAAGAGACUCUGUCCUGGCUAAAUCUUUCCCACAACUCUCUCACAGGCACAAUACAGCUUCCAUGGAAAAAUCUCAUAUAUCUAGACCUUCAUUCUAACAUGUUCCAGGGAUUGCUUCCAAUUCCACAGCCUUACAUGAGAUUAAUAUUACUGUCAAACAACAAUUUGGCUGGGGAGAUACCAAACUUGAUCUGUAAUAUGAGCUUCAUUGAGAUUUUAGAUCUGUCAAAUAACAGUUUAAGUGGUAUCAUUCCAGAAUGCAUGGGAAAUUUCAGUACUCUUCAUGUGUUGGAUCUGCGGAAGAAUAGAUUUAAUGGCUCCAUUCCAAGAACAUUCGCAAAGGGAAACAACUAUAGGACCCUUAACUUCAACAACAAUAAAUUGAAAGGGUCAAUUCCAUGGUCAUUGAUCAACUGUUCAAAACUCGAAGUUCUUGAUCUUGGAAACAACAAGUUAAAUGGCAUGUUCCCAUAUUGGUUGGGAAAUCUUUCAAAGCUACAAGUGUUGGUUCUUCGUUCCAACAAAUUAUAUGGUUCUAAUUGGGGUUGUUCAAAGACCAAAAAUUGUUUUCCUAAGUUGAAAAUUUUUGAUCUUUCAAACAACAAGAUUAGUGGUAUUUUGCCAGCUAGGUAUUUCAAAAAUCUUUAUGCCAUGACAGACUUUGGUGAUGCUCAGAGGAGGUUGCAAUACAUGGGUGAAGAUUAUUAUCAAGAUUCUGUGAUGGUAACAUGGAAAGGAUUUGAGUAUCAACUGGUGAAAAUUAUAACUAUUUUCACUACCAUUGAUUUCUCAAAUAACAAUUUUCAUGGGGAGAUUCCAGAAGUAAUUGGGAAGCUUCGUGCUCUUCAUCUUCUCAAUCUUUCUCAAAAUAACCUAACAGGUUGUAUCCCACCUUCUAUUGGAAAUAUGAGUGCUCUGGAAUCCUUGGACCUCUCUUCAAAUAAGCUAGUUGGGAAAAUUCCUUGGCAAUUGACCAAAUUGAAUUUUCUUGGAUUUUUGAAUUUGUCAAAAAACCAUCUCACCGGACCCAUACCUCGAGACAACCACUUUGAUACCUUCCCAAACAAUUCAUAUGAUGGGAAUUUGGCAUUAUGUGGAUUUCCUUUGUCAAACACAUGUGGAACUUAUGAUGAGACAACACAACUACUCUCAAAAUCAGAUGAUGGAAAAUCUUCAUAUAGUUUUGGUUGGAAAGAAGUAUUGAUUGGCUACGGAUGCGGAAAGGUGUUAGGAGUUACGAUGGGAUAUCUUGUGUUCUCAACAGGAAAGCCUCAGUGGGUUAUAAGAAUUGUUGAAGGAGAACAGCCAAGAAAGAGGAGAACGCUGAACAACAAACAUGGAAGAAGAAGUCCCAUGGGUGAGUAUUAGUGCAAACUAGCUUGUUGAUAACAUGCAGUAUUUUUUUUCUUACUUUGAAUCUUGUUUUUUUUUUUUUUUCAAUGCAAGUUAUCAAUUGCCAUGUAGUAAAUCCUUUAAUAAAAUGUCAAAGUGUGGACUCUGUUGUGUCA